AUGCUGCUGAAAUUUCGAUUCGAGGAUAAAACGGUAGAUCUUGAUGCCGAUGAAAAUUGGAACAUGCUCUUUCUUAAGCAGCGUGUCUCUAUGGAACUCGAAAUAGAUUCACAAGUCCACUUUCUCGCCUUCAAGGGUACCCAGCUAGAUGAAUGGGACAAAGUAUCUACCCACAACUUCCAAGACGGCGAUAUUCUAGAAGUUUAUACUCGUGGAACUUUUCGACACUUCUACGUUUUGUGUUAUAUUUGCAAUACUGUCGUACCAGCUGUGAUUACAAUUCACUGUGACACCUGUAAAAGUUCUGACUUCUCCGCUCUUCCUACUUCUUCCCUAUUAAACCACUGCAAGGUUUCGGGGGGCCAUAUUUUGUGCCUUGAUUGCUUCCGCUCCUACGCUGAGAGUUAUUUGGAUAACCGAAACUUUAAGUUGAUUCCCCAACUUGGCUACACUCUUGGGUGUCCCGUUGGCUGUCCUGAUGUUUACAUCUCCGACACUCACCAUUUUCGCAUCCUCGGCAGCCAGUUCUACUCGCGCUAUAAAGAGAUCGCUGCACAUCAAGUUUGUUACACAGACAACUUUUGUAACUGUCCUCGAUGUGAUACUUGUUGGGAAAUACCUUCAGAGCCAGGAUCGUUGCAUUGGGUCUUCUGUGAAGGUCCUUUCGGCUGUGGUGUUGAGUUUUGCACGCGCUGCCGAAACUUUGUUCGUCCUCGAACUGUCAAUACUGAUGAUAAUCCAAAAUUUAGCUGUUUUUGCGACGCUCCUGAAAUGGAAGCAGAGGCUGGCGAGACUCAAUCGACCGGCACGGACAAUGUCACCUGGAAGGGCGUCAUUUUGGGACCUCUCGAAAUCGCAAGUCGCUGUCUGAUCGCAAGCACUUGCAAGCGCUGCCCUGCUCGGUGCGAUGUCUGGGUGGAGCGUAUAGCGGAACUCCUUGCGGCACUCAAAACGUACAUCCAGGGAAUUCCCUCGCAUUGGCGUCGCAAGGCCCAUAGUGAUCGUGCUUGUUUGAUUAGUAAUUUAAGUGUUAUUGUUGAUUUGUAUGCCCUCAAAUAUGGAUCAGCCAAUCAGGACCUCAUAGGCACUAUGCGGGAAAGCAACGUUGUGACGAAAACUUUCGAUGUGGCCCAAUCGGAUGUCGCGGACUCGGGCGAUAAUGGUGUUCCGGAAAUACGAGAUGACUAUGGGUUCUUGGAAGAACUGCGUUCCAGUGAGAAGAGCCAUUUCCUAAAGGUGCCUUCCACAUUUUUGCUUCUAUUUCAGCCUUUUUAA